CAAGCUACUUGGAAAUUGGAAUCAUAUUCUGCGAUUGUGUUUAUUUGCAGAACUGAAGAAUGACUCUGAAGGUGCUAACCGCAACAGUAUCGACGUUUGAUUCUGUGUUUGAGAAGUUCCGAUCAGAGGUUCCUCAACACAGAGCCAACCUCGUUCUCUUCUUGGCUGAUAAUGAUCCUUCCACCUCUCUCAGCUGGUGCCCUGACUGUGUGAGAGCUGAGCCAGUGAUUCUCAAGAAGCUAGAGGCUUCACCUUAUGAAAUUGCACUUUUGAAAGCUUAUGUUGGAGAUAGACCAACAUGGAGGAACCCACACCAUCCAUGGAGGGUGGAUCCUAAGUUUAAGCUCGCUGGUGUGCCAACGCUGAUCCGUUGGGAGAAUGAUGCUGUCACAGGUCGCCUCGAGGAUCAUGAAGCUCAUCGUGAGAACAAAAUUGAAGCACUUGUUGCCGACAAAUGAUUGCCUGCCUCUAUGUUUCAGAUAGUUUCUAUCACCAUGUAGUUUGAACUCUUUGUGAUGUACUCUGUAUAUGGCUUUACUAGUAAAAGCAUAUGUAUUCUGAAUGAUGAGUACUAAUAAUGGUCACAAGGAAAUGCUUGAAUAAUAUUGCAGACAGUGAUUGGUUCU